CCACAGCCUCCGUAUAGUGAACACUCUGUGCCAACCCCUCCAAAAAUAUACAAAGACAAGAGAGUUCCAAACUUUGAAGUAACAGCAGAUAUGAUAUCCUCCCUCCAACCCAACAGACCAAAAGUUUCACCACAGCAUCCUCAUACCCAGCAUCCAACUCCUCAAUACCAACAACAAACCCGCGCAACUUCUACCUCCUCACACACAUCUCAGCAACCGCAUCCACAACAGUCGCAUCAUCAACCGCAUCCGUAUAACCAAGUCUCCGCCAUGCCUCCCAACCCUGCACCCAUGAAUUCACACAACAUACAGCUAUAUAACGCAGCGACGCGGCAUCCAGUGUUCUUCACGCCGACGUUAUUCAAACCGCCGUUCCCGCUGCCGCAUGUCGCGGCUGGCCAGACGAUGUGGGGCAGGAGCAGUCCUGUUGCUAGCGGCUAUGUGUUAGAGAGAGGCGUAUUGGGAAUAAACAGUAGCGGUGCGGGUGGGGGAAGGACGAAGCUGUGA